AUGAACAGCCCCAUGGCAGAAGUUGACAAGAACAGUCCUAUCCUCUCUAGGCCUGAGGAAUGCAAGCUGAAUCUAGGAGUUCUACUGAACACUGCCAGAAUUAGUAAGCCUAGCUCACCACUGUAUUCUAAACAGAAGCCAACAGAGGGAGAAAAACAAAGCCAAGUGCAAAAGCUGUGGGCACUGAAAGUUUUGCUCCACCGGCCGUGCAGCACCCAUUUGGGGUCGGGCAUCGGGACGUGGGGGAGUCAGGAGCCGGCGGGGACUGGGGAGAGGACGGGGCCCUGGGGAGGGGCUGGAAAACGCUUUUCGCGGCGACUGGCACUUGAUAUUUGCAGUCUUGUGGAUGUCACUCACCGGGAACCAGACCCUGCGGUGCAAACACUCAGGUGGCAAAGGCAAAAGCUGGACUGCAUUGUGCGGCCCCAGGGAGCUGCAGACAGAGGAUCUGAGUCCUGGCCACUGUGCCAGCUGUCUUACAAGUUUAGAGAUGCUGGCAUUGCAUCGAAAUCGGACAACACUCCCUUCCCUCCCUUCCCAGGCACUCCGUUCCCAACCUUUUCCACCAACAGGUCCUUAUUCUCAGCAGCCAAAAUAAUUUAUGGGUUUCUACUGUUCUCCUUGGCUGAAUCUUCAAGUACACCAACUCCCCCCUCUUCUGGACAGACUCUCCAUAAUUCAGCUGGCAUCUAAUCAGCACCUUGCUGCUCUUCCAUUCUUCCUUUCUCCAGAGUCGUGAUUCUUCCUUCUCAAGUCAAAGAGGAAUUACAAGCAAAUAGACACCAUCCUUGAGUGCAGUUCGGGUUACACAGAAUGGGGAAUGAACUCGGUCUCAUUUUUGCUUCUCUGUUGAAAAUAAGCUCAAUAUCUGCCUUGCACAGAAAGAGAAUCGGCUUCACUAAGGCAAGCAGCAUUACCCCUUUUGUCCUGGUCAGCAUCGCAGCUCUGCAUUCCCCUCUCGCAGAGGUGACUAUUCAUUGCGUUCUUUCCAGGAAUGUUUUCUGAGCUUCAGGAGGCCCUGAGUUACCUGGAUAAUUAGUGCUGUCCUCUUGCACAACGCAAAAACAAAACCAUUAUGAGAUAGCUUCUUUAGCUAAGUUGGGAAUGGGGUUUAAAUGCGCGGGCAAAUAGAUCUGGCACUCCAAUUCAGACUGUUGUAUUUUGUGAUCCACCCUCCCUCUGAUCACAGCAUAUAAGACUCUGAUGAACCUCACUAGCAACAGGGAAUUCUCCCUCCACUGCAGAUAAAACAAUGGUAAUAUGGAAGUGAAAAAUGGAUAAUUUAAAAAUGAAAUUCUCUGUGGGGCGCCGUGCAGUGGGUGUUUCUGUGUGUGCAUGUGUUUUACACCAGUCUCUGUUACUUUUGUAGUUUGGAUCAGACUUCCAUCAGUCUGUUAAUUUUGUUACUGGAUCCCACCACUUACCCAAAGUUAGCCUUUGGGUUGAGUGCUUCCAUGGUAUAGUCCCUUCUGUGGACACCAGAAAGAUGUUACAGGAAAGGGGUCCUGAUUCAGACCCCCAGAGAUGGUUCUUAGACCUGGUUGGGAGUCCGAGGUGGGUGGAUCACUUGAAGUCAGGAGUUCAAGACCAUCCUGACCAACAUGGUGAAACCCCAUCUCUACUAAAACUACAAAAAUUAGCCAGGUGGGCCAGGCACGGUGGCUCACACCUGUAAUCACGCCUGUAAUCCCAGCACUUUGGGAGGCCGAGACAGGUGGAUCACCUGAGGUCAGAAGUCCAAGACCAGCCUGGCCAACAUGGCAAAACCCUGUCUCUACUAAAAAAAAAAAAAAAAAAAAAGUACAAAAAUUAGCUAGGCAUGGUGGGCCGCACCUGUAAUCCCAGCUACUCGGGAGGCUGAGGCAGCAGAAUCACUUGAACCCAGGAGGUGGAGGUAGCAGUGAGCCAAGAUUGUGUCACAGCACUCUAGCCUGGGUGACAGCUAG